ACACACAUUUUAACUUCCUCAAACAUGUCUCAAGUUCGGUUGUAUGAAUAACUAAUGCCAGCUGCGACCGCCCUAUCAGCCCGAGCGCCACUACUGCAUUCGCACGUACACACACACACACACACGUCGGUAAAAAGGUCAGCAUUGAGCGGUUUGACUAAGCGCGUCUGAACACCUCCAUUGUCCGCCUCGUUUCACGGCACACGUUCGCUCGCUUGCUCGCCGGGCGCGUGGUUUAAAAAAACAGCAUUAUGCUUCACUGACCUUCGGCGAUAGAUUGGCCGUCGGGUGAUUCGACGAGGUGGAAAAUAAGCCCUCCCGCCUUUUUUUUUUUAUAGAACUUUGCCUUAUCGUUAUCACACGUUGAUAUGAUAACAGCCGAGCCGGGGUAAAUAGUAAAUGUCCGGGGACCAGUUGCUCCGAAGCGGGAAGCAUCGAUGCUUCUUGAUUGAACUUUUGCUCGCAUUGGCUUCAUGCUUAUGCGGUUUGAAUGCAGUUUCAAGUGGUGCUCGCGGCAGAAACAAUGGGAUACGUUCGGGCGCGAACAGUUUUUGUACAGUUGUUAAGCUUAGUUGCAUCGGUUGGGCACGUGUUGAGUGAGCCUCUGGAUACGGCGAAAGUUUGUCAGUAUAUGCAGUGUACGGACGAUGGUUCCCGGCUAACGCUGCAGUUCAACAACACCCUGUGGAAAGCACUCAAUAGGCAGUCUAAUGUUGCGUUUGACCUUACCAGCUGGAACUGGGCCGAGCUGGACAGUGUAGUGGAAGAGAACCGAACGUUUGAGAUAAUAUUUAACGGGCUCGAAAUCCCCCUUAUCGAUAUAUCGCAGGGCCAUGAAAGUGUUACGAUCCUCAAUCUUGAUGACAACCAAAUAACCACAGUGGAACCGGAAGCUUUCAUGAAUUUUAAAAAUAUGGUGACGCUUUCUUUGCGUGGAAAUAUGAUAACGGUCGUAAACGAACUUGUCUACCAACCGAACAGCCUGCAGCACCUGGAUUUAUCGAACAACUGGAUCACAGAUAUCAAGGGCCUGAAAACGUUUACGUUGUCUCGCUUAACUCACCUAAACCUAUCAUACAACCGGCUUGAGUCCGUGCGUACUGAACUUUCCAAGCUGGAGGCACUGGAAACGCUCGACCUAUCGCACAACUCUAUCAGGAAGGGAGAUAGACCAAUCAUACUGCCGCAAGCGCUUCGUCGAUUGUUGCUACACCACAACGAGCUAACCGAGUGGCCUUUCGAAUCCUUGCCGUACACUUUGACGGACCUAUCGCUCAGCUUCAACCGGCUCGAAUUAACCAAAGAUGCGCCAGACAUCCGAAAGCUUGAUCUUUCCAGUAACCGACUGGCAAGCUUUUGUGGCGAUUGUUUCCCACUGCUGGAGGAGCUGGACUUAUCGAGCAACUACUUUGAAGAGUUUCCCAAGUUUGGUAAACUAACGGGGGCCACUAUAAGGAAGGUUUCGUUCAACCGAAUGCCAAACUUGCGAACGCUCGAUAAGAGUGCGUUUGAAGAUACAGAGCAUCUACAGGAGCUUGAAAUUUCCUUCUGUCCGCGGCUGGCCACAAUCGCGUCCCACACAUUCACCGGUCUGAAAGAGUUGGAAAGACUUGAUCUUAGCUACAACGCACUACAGCAGGUGCCGGAGGAUAUGAUCAACUGGAAGGCAAUCAAGCAAGGUGUCGAUCUGCAGGGCAACCCAAUCAACUGCAACUGCUCGAUGCAAUGGCUGGUGGAUAAAGUGAUUCCCGCGAUGCAUUCGCACCGCGAGCUGCACAAACUGUUCCCCGAGUUGCGCUGUGCUCAGCCGGCAAUGUACAAAGACUAUCUGGUCGCUUACCUAACCGUGCACGACAAUUUGCUGUGUCUGAAGUAUCGCGAGAUGAAUCUGCCCGGCAUGGAGCUGGUUGUCCAGUCGAUGAAGGAGCAGCGUCAGAUGCAGAUUGUACGGGCGCAAAAAAUUAUACUGGCCUGCUUAAUAGUGGGCAUCAUCUUCAUGAGCCUGUGUUUGGCUUAUGUGAAGCUGCAACAGCCCCGGCACAUAGUGCGCCCAUUGUACUAUUCGUGAGUGUUUGAUUUGCUUUCGACUUAAACACUUAUAGGAAGGCAGUAACAUGACAUUAAAACUCGCUUUAGACGUAUAGAAAAGAAAAAUGAUAAAAACAGUAUGUAACGUAGUUAGGGCAGGCAGAAAUCAAAUGCGAAACCCAUAAAUAUUGAGCUAAUUUU